UCUUAUGUAGGUACCAGUUUUUUAAUCUAAAUAUAAUACAUUUAAUAUCUAAUCAAACAUCUCUUCUGAUCAGACGCUCCUCAAAUGACGACUGUGACUGCCGUUCCACCCGUUUCUGGUGAUUCAGUCACAUUGUUGUGCAAAAGUGAUUCAAAUCCCAUCAGCAAUUACACCUGGACCAGGAGAACAGAGGGAGGUGUGAAGCUGGUUGGAAAUGGCAAUAAUUUAACUUUACACUCGGGAGCAGAUGGAUUUUACUACUGUACAGCAACAAAUCAGUUAGGAUCAUCCGAUUCACCAGGAUGGGAAUAUACAGCAGAUACAGAUAACAGCGCUGUGAAAUAUACAGCUAUUGCAGUCACCGUUGCUUUGGUUCUGAUUUUCAUUGUUAUUAUUCUGUGGAUGAGGAGAAGAGCAUCAGCGGUCAGUACCAGGAGUGAGGAGCACGGCAAGAAUGACUCUGUUCAUGUAUAUGAUAACAUCUCAGUUAUGACCUCUGACCCCACACAGACAGCCUCAUCAGAAGAUCAGGACAAUGUUCAAUACUCAACUGUUCUUUUCAGUCAAUGCCGCACAGAUGAAGUAUCUCUCUACUCAACUGUUCAACUGCCAAACGCUUUUAAACAGGAAGAGGAAGUAGAAUACGCCACCGUGAGCCGCGCCACACCAAGAGUUGUUGGGGGCAAUGCAGCCAUGCUAGCUAGAAAAAGAAACCCUUCUGCUGCAGUCAUUCUCAUAUUGCUUGCAGGAGUUCAGGCUCAGCACAGUGUAACUCUCUCCUCUCAGAGUCUCUGUGUUCUUACUGGAUCUACAGUAAAAAUCCCCUGUACAUUUACAACACCUGAUCACUCCAGUGUCACACAGAGAGAGUGGUAUCGAAGCCAGAGCUCUAAAGGAAAACCACAAGACCUGAGCACAGAUCCACAAUACUCAGGACGAGUGUCUGUAAGCACAGUGACGUCUGACUGUGAGCUGACGGUGAGGAAUGUGAGAGUGAGUGACUCUGGAGUUUAUAACUUUAGAUUUCAAACAGAGAAUAGUCACUGGAUAUCAGCCUCAAUUGGAGUUCACCUGACUGUUACAGAUCUGAAGGUAACAGUUUCAAACUGGGAUUAUGACUACAAAGAGCUGAGCUGUAUCACCACCUGCACUCUGUCUAACACCGUCUCUUACAUAUGGUACAAGAACGGACAGCCUCUUUCUAAUCGGGUCAGCCAUAAUCAGCAUCUCUAUACCAAAAACAUGGGUGCGGACAGCUACUCCUGUGCUGUAGGAGGACAUGAGGAUCUUCGCUCUCCUGCUGUCUGUGUUGAUAAAAAGAAGAGCUGCUGGAGUGUGACUUACUCCACCUUGAGUAUCUGCUCUCUGAUUGGCUCAUCAGUGGACAUACAUAGUUAUUACACCUUCCCUCGUCAGUACAAGGUCACAAAAGUGUUCUGGUUCAUUAAAGAUCAGGCUGAUGGUGAGCCUGUGGAUGUGAGAGAGAAUGAGGAGUAUCAGGGCCGAGUGCAGUACACACACAGCUCACAGAAUAACUGUAGUCUGAGAAUCACUAACCUGACAGAGAGAGACGCUCAAACAUACAGAUUCAGAUUCUACACUGAUGACCAUAAAGGAAAAUACACUGGAGAACCUGGAGUGUCUCUGUCUGUCACAGAUCUGAAGGUUACAGUAUUAGACUCAGGUUGGCUGAGCUGUAUAACCACCUGCACUCUGUCUAACAAUCCCAUUUACAUCUGGUACAAGGACGGACAGCGUGUUACUGAUCAGAACAGAAAUGAUGAGUAUCUGUAUAUCAGUAGUGGGGAUUCAGGCAGCUACUCCUGUGCUGUAGAAGGACAUGAGGAUCUUCGCUCUCCUGCUGUCUGUAAGAACUCACUUUACACUUCACUCACUCCGUCAUCAUCUCACUGCUUACAGCUUCUGUUAGACUACAGUUAA